CUUUUUUUUUUUUUUGUUUUCUUUAUUCAACUCACCUGCAGCAACUCCUAUACACUACUCUCAUCCUCACCCUUUCUUAUUAAACCAUGAAGACCACUUUCCUUGUGGCCGGACUCUUGUCUCUGGCUGUCGCCUCGAACGCCGAAAUGGCGCGUCUUCAAAUCAAGAAAACGGAGCUUAGUCCUGCUGAAAAGCUCCAUGCCUAUGCUGGCACUGGCUCCUACUUGGCACAGAAGUACUUUGGUUCACCUGCCCGUAAGAUGCAGAUGGACCAAGCUAACCAGAUUUUCGGUCUUGAUGCUGAAGGCAAGCCAUCAUACGGAGUCCCUCUCUCCAACUUCAUGAAUGCUCAGUACUAUGGUGAGAUCUCGAUUGGAUCGCCUCCACAGACCUUCAAAGUUGUUUUCGAUACUGGUUCCUCUAAUCUCUGGGUCCCUUCAACCCACUGCAACUCCAUUGCCUGCUUCCUUCAUAACCGCUAUGAUUCCAAGAAGUCGUCGACCUUUAAGGCCAAUGGCACUGAAUUCGGCAUUCAGUACGGCUCUGGAUCGCUGGAGGGCAUUAUCAGCAAUGACAACAUCGAGGUUGGUGGUGUUGUGAUCAAGCACCAGGACUUUGGCGAGUCGGUCAAGGAACCCGGCCUUGCUUUUGCCUUUGGAAAAUUCGAUGGUAUCUUUGGUCUCGGCUAUGACACCAUCUCUGUCUUGGGUGUGGUCCCACCCUUCUACAACCUUGUUAACCAAAAGUUGAUUGAUGAACCCGUCUUUGGUUUCUACCUUGGUCAGGCUGAAAGCAGCGUUGGUGGGCAGAUGACUUUGGGUGGUGUGGAUUCUAACCACUUUGAAGGCGAUAUUGAUUGGUACAAAGUUCGCCGCAAGGGUUACUGGGAGAUUGAUCUUAACAAGAUUCAGUUGGGCGAUGAGUCUGUUGACCUCGAGGCAGGUGCUGUCAUCGACACUGGUUCGUCAUUGAUUGUCUUGGAGACUGCUCUUGCAGAGAUGAUCAACAAACAGAUUGGUGCAACAAAGAACUAUGCUGGUCAGUACGUGGUUGACUGUAACCUUGUCCCUUCUUUGCCUGACUUCUCAUUCUUCUUUGGCAAGAAGGAGUACAAGCUCUCUGGAUCCGACUAUGUCCUCAAUGCUGGAGGCUCAUGCGUUUCUGGAUUCAUGGGCAUGGAUUUCCCUGAACAGCUUGGCGAUCUUUGGAUUGUUGGUGACGUCUUCUUGCGCAAGUAUUACAGUGUCUACGACCUUGGCAAAGAUCGCGUUGGUUUUGCUCCUGCAAAGUAAAAGAAGAAAAAACAACAACAACCCACAACAACCCACCCCUCUAUUGUCACUGUACUAUAUUAGAUUCAACAAAGGCCUGAAAGGGAAGGGAGGAGAUGAUAAAGUGUACCUUAAAAUCACACUUGAAACGUUCCACCAUCUCAUAUUUUGCAUCUAGUUGAAUAAAUUGUAAACACUCAAUAUCAAUUAUAAAAAAA